AUGAUGGCCCCAUUCGUCCUUGCAGGUCUUCUUGCCCUAGCAGGAGCAUCCAACGCAUUACCAUCGUCCUCAUUGCCGUCGCAAUUAUCCUCGCCAUCUCCUUCCUCUCCCUCUUCAUCGGCUACGCCCCACCAUCGAGACGGGGCAUGUACCAACUUCGACCUAUCCAUAUCCGUAUCCGCCAACAACUCCAUCUACGAUAUCGCCCGAGUCAACAACGACAUCGAUGUAAUCGACUUUGUCUGGGACGUCGAGCGCUGGACGGCGCCCGAAAGCCGCAUUGACGCACUGUACCUUGUCGAGGAUACCUUCACUAUCAACGCACAGCUCUGUGUGCCCAAGAAUACGGGGAAGAUUCUGCAGAUCGCAUCCCACGGGUUUGGUUUUGAGAAGACGUACUGGGAUUGCGAGAUCCAGCCAUCUCAAUACUCCUACGUCGACGCAGCCCUAAAGGCCGGAUACUCAAUGCUAACAUAUGACCGCCUGGGCGUCGGCAAAUCCUCCAAGCCGGAUGGUCACAACGUGGUCCAGGGACCCGUGGAAGUCGAGAUCCUGAAGGAGAUUACGGUGCUCGCACGCGAGGGUAAACUGGCGCAGUUCAUUGCCAGCGAUGAGAAGCUUUUCGUGCCCGAUUUCGAGAAAAUCGUGCUUGUCGGCCACUCGAUGGGCUCGGCGUUCACGAUCGGUGCUCUGGCUGAGUAUGGGGAUAUUGCAGACGGUGCUGUUGCGACGGGGAUGAUCCCACAAGGGAAACUCGCACUGACGGGGCAGAGUGCUUAUGGGCUUGUGUAUGCUGCGAGCAAUGACCCUGUCCGGUUUGGGGACCGCGGAAGUGGAUAUCUGGUCCAGGGUGCGCAAACGGACGCGAACAAGCUUUUCUUCAAAAAGGGGUUCUUUGAGCCUGAGUUGCUUGCGUAUGGGACUGAGAUAAAGCAGACGGGCACGGUGGGUGAGUUUAUGAGUAUGGGUGCGACAUUAAUGAAGCCUGCUCCGGGCUAUACAGGGCCGAUUUUGUUUGCUCUGGCCGAGUUUGACCUUCCGGCCUGUGCUGGGGAUUGCACCGGCUCGUAUGAUUUGGGUGCGAUCAAGUCCGAGUCGUUUCCUGGCGCGUCUGACGUGAGUGUGCAUAUCCAGCCUGGGAGUGGGCACGGUUUGAAUAUGCACACGAAUGCGACUGGCCAUUUUGAGGCCAUCUUUUCCUACUUGAAGGGACAGGGUUUGUAG